CGAGAGGGGUGAGGGCAUUCCGGGGUGGGUGGUGCUCUGUGUCCCAGGCCAGAUUGAAAGGCGUCCCUCGCCUGGGCGUGUGGUAGCCACACAGUGACGCCUUCGGUCGGUGUCUUGCGUGUCAGGGAAGCGCCAAGCAGUGCCGCUCUACUCGCUUCGGCUGCGCAAGUGGCUCCGUUGUUAUUUUGAAAAGUGGAGGGAGGCUGCGAGCGGCGUCCCUGGAGUUUGGCUGUGCUUCAGUGGUGCUUCGCUCCCGAUCUCUGCGGCUUGGAGCUUGCUCGACUCUCUCCAGUUGCGCCCUCGCCUGGUGCUGCCUGCCUUUGCCUUUUUCCUCCUCUGCGCCCAACGAGUUUGUUACUAGCAGGAGACCCUCGCGGUGGGGGGAGUCGUGUGGGUGCUGCGCCCCUGGGGUGGCCUUGAAUUGGGGGAGGAAGCCACGUCUGGUCUGCCUUCCUCUCCGCCCUGGGAGGGGGAGGAGGAGGAACAACUCCUCUUCCUUUCUCACAGCAGCCGCCUCGUCCUCCUUGCUUGGAAACCCUCGAGGAGUGCUCUACAUCCACGUGGGUCUGCUGCAGUUAUUGACAUCGGCGGGGAGGAUCCGGGAUUCCCUCAGGCGUCCGUUUCCUGAUGUGCCUUCCAAGUGCUGCUCUUCUGGAAUGCUGGUGUGAUACAGUAUUAUGGAAGACUUCAGAAAUAUUGAAGAUGAGACUCUUCCAAGCUUUUUGGUCAACUCACUAACUAGCCACACAAGUGAAAUUCUGGAAAAUAUUACAAUUUCAUCAAAUCUUGGCUUGCCAGUUGCUGCUUCAACUGAAGCCAGACAAAAAACUGGUUGUCAUGACAGGCUUUGUGCUCAGGCUUCUUACAUGGAAACGAAAUCCUGUAUUUCUUUAUCAUGUACAAAAGUUGGGGAACCUGAUUCUGAUCCUAGAAGGAAACUUAUACUUAACGUUCAGGAUGCCAUAGAAUGUGGAAAUAAAGAUACAGAAACGCUUCUAGAGCAGGACCAAAAAGAAUCAGAUCUUUUACGGAGAAGACAAAAAAAUUGCAUUGAUGAAUGCACUGAUUUGACAACCAGAAUACGCGCUUUCACGGAAAGAGAGAGUGAAGACUUCAAGGUUGCUUCAUUGGAACCUAAUCAGAAGUGGAAAAGUGAAAUAGGCAACAGUGAUGUGACUGGCUUUAUAGAAAAUGAAAAACUACUGAGCUUUGCAAGCUUAGAACAAAACUCAACAGAUGAAAUUGGAGAUGAAGAGUUCUGUGAUGACCAGUUGGAGGCCUAUUUUGAGCAGCUGGUACUGCCAGAAAUGCAAAUAGAAGAUAAAGAAGAAUAUGAACUUGGUGAAAAUAUUAAAGCGGUGGAAUUGCUUCCAGAUCAGGAGAAAUUCCAGAUACCUAAUGUCUGCCAAGCUGCACCAAGAAAUGAUUCUCCAGUUGCUAGUGAUGAAGAAUUGUAUGAAUUCAAGCAAGCUGUGCACAAUGAAGAUAAAUGCAGUAAUGCAGUUCUGUGCCCUGUGCCUGUUAGCUGUCCUAGAUCUUGGCAACGUGAGAGUUAUGAUGCAUCUUCUGUUGGAAUAGUAGGCCAUACAUCUGAAAUAUCUAGUAGAACAACUGAUUCUCGACAGAUUCACUCGGAUGUAGAAGAUUGUCUUGACUGUGGUAUUGAAGAUGGAAUGCUUUUAAAGACCAAUACCGUCAGCAAUAGCAGAAACAAAAAUAGAGAUGCUACAGAAGAUCAGGUGUCACGUAUUGCAGCUGAAACCUCUUAUAAUAAGGAUGCCACAGAAAUAACCAGCUCUAGUCAACUAAAGCUAAAUUCGCUCUAUUUCAAAUGCACUGAUGGCAAUAAUACUGCUUCUGAACAGCAAGCCCAGUCUUCUCAUCUGUGUCAAGCUGCUAAUGAAAGUAAUAUUCCUGUGGCUGACGAAUAUCUGUACACAAGUGCUGAUGAAGAAUCGGAGCAAUAUCUAUGUGCAGCAGAGGAGCCACCACAUAGUGUGGUAUAUCAAAAUGAAGAGGGUAGAUGGGUGACUGACCUUGCCUAUUAUACAUCAUUUAAUAAAGAACAAGCCUUAAAUCUCUCAAACAUAAGUGGAAACUUCAUCACUGGAUCUGAAGCAAUUGCUAUGAUUGCCCAAGAUCAAGAAGAAUUUGAGAGGGAGCACAAGUUUAUGCAGGAAGAAAAAAUAGACUCCCAAAAUACCUGUGGAUUAGGAGAUAUAUCAUGGAAAUCAGUUGGUAGCCACAACCCUCUAAGAGUAUCCCAAGCGGAUGACUUUUUCAAAGAUGCUAGUUAUUUACGACUCACUCUAGGGGAGUUUUUUGGUCAGAGAUCUGAAGCUCUUGGUUGCCUUGGAGGAGGAGGUGACGUAAAACGGCCAUCUUUUGGUUAUCAGAUUACUUCUCCGGAAAAGAGACGACCUGUACCUUUGUUGAUGCAAUCUGAUGUAUCUAGUGCUAACUCUGGCCAACAUUCUGACUCGCUUCAAGGGAAUUUGGACAGCAGUGCACAGCAAUUGCACACUGAAUCUACUACUUUCACUCUUGGUAAAACUGACACACCAGCCCGUGUAAAUAUGGAAAUGGAUACUAAAAUCAAAACACAGGAGAAACUUGAAGAAAGAAAAGUUGAAAGCAAGUACCCCGAAAUAGAGCCUUCUGUACUGAGCAUAAGUACUAUUGCAUCUGCUAUUGCAAAUGCUUCUGUUAGUGCUGAACCUGUACAGUUAGCUUCUAUGAUAAUGAGACUUUCAAAGAAAAGCAGAGAGAAAACUGAUAUUCUGGAAGGUAGCAACCUUACAGACCCUUCUGUUAUCAGUCAGUUAAUAUCCAGCAAUCUUGAAAAUACUGCUUUUGAUAUAGAAAAAUAUCUCAGAAGAACUGAUGAAAUUGAAAAUAACAGUGAGCCCGAAAGCUUUGCUAAAUGUGAAGAUACUGCCAUAAACCAGCAACAGUUUUUGUACAAGCAGGAAUGCGAAAUUCCUUGUAUAGGAGAUAUAUCCCAAAGCAAUCUGUAUAUCAAGUAUGGAAAUGAGAAAAAGUAUCUGGAAAGAAUGCAAGAAGAAAACUAUAUGAAAAUCUCACCUUGCGAUACCAGUUCUACUAAAAAGAAAAGGGAAAUGGGAUAUAUAGAAGCAGUAUCUAAUAUUGGUGAAAACUUUCAGUCAAAGAAACUGACUUCUGCUUUACCAGAUUCAAAAGAGAAACCAUCUGGAAGUGCUAAAGUAUCUUUGGAAAACAGUGUAACAUCAUGUAACUCAUACUCUGAACCAGAAGGAAGAAUUAGCAUGAGCAAUUGGUCCUUAAAGACCACUCCAGUAUUAGUUUGUCCUCUGCCUGUAUGUCCUAACAAGGACAAAACCACAUGCAAUGAAAAACAUGUGACUUUUGAAAAGACAUCAUUUGAUCAGAAAAUUGGUGAAGCUGUUGGAGUAAUUGAACAGACGAUUGCAACUCCAGUGCCUGAUAUACAGAAUUCAGAUGACCAGUAUAGCUUCAGACCAUCAACUUCUCCCCUUACUCAUUCAUCUCCAAGUGAAGCUUCUGGAACUGCUCUUUCAGGAUCUGAUGUUGAUUGUUCCUGUACAACAUUUGAUCCUAAGGAAUCAUCGUGCAAUAACCCUAUGUUACCUCAGUCAUGUUCUGACCCUAGCUUUGGACGACUGACCUUUGUAUCUGCCACUGAAAACACUCUUAAUCUAACUCGAUCUAGUCCAGAGAGAUGUCAGCGUAAUAGUGCCAAUGAAUUGAGCACAACAAUAGUUCGGUCCAGUCCAACAUCAUUAUUGGGACAGGAUUCCAAAGAAAAGAAGAUUGCUUUGCAAAGUAACACGUAUCCACGACCAGCAGCUAGCCAAAAGGACCUUAAUAAGAAACUAAAAAGAAAUGUAUGUGGGGAACCUACAAGGAAUCCUGAAGACCAGAAAUCAACUGAAGAGCUUCCACCAAAAAGUGAAGAUCAAUGUGCACAGACUUGUAGAAAUGAUAAAGAACCAGGUCAAGUUGAUAUACCUGUAACACAGCAUGGCUAUACAGAUGCAACCCAUGAACUAGGUUUAUCUUCUACAAAUAUGUUGCCUGCCUAUAAUAGUUUAGGUAGCUAUAUUUCAUUAAAUCAAAAUAUAGCAAACUUGAAAUCCCAUGGUGCUGCCCCAGAAAUGCCAACAAUAUCUUCUGGAAUUCCAACACUGCUUACAGGCUGUUCCCUUAGAAAUACUCCAUUUGCCCAACAAUAUCUGGGAAACUUACCAUCACACACAAAUGUUGCUUUGCCCCAAUAUGUUGGUUGUCCUCCAGUGUUUGGUGUUCCAGCAGGACUGUUUUAUUCUGCUAUCCCUGUGGGUCACAUUCAAAACUCCCUGGCUACUGGAAUGACGCUUGGUCCAGAAAUUAGAUCUGGAAUGUUGGGCACAACUUCACAGUGCAAUUUUACUUCCAACCAGAAGGGCUUUAAUAGUACAUCACAUACAGGACCAGCAGUUGAUACUGGAGGAUCAAAGUGUGAGGCAUCUAUGCCACUUGGAUUUGGGCAUGUGAGAGUCCCAGAAGAACUAAAAUUUCCCAAUGCCUGUUGUGUGGGACUGACAUCACACACAGUUCUUAGUAUUCUUAAUCCAUCAGACCGCUGGCUACAGGUCAGCAUAAGCCUCGUUAGUGUUAUGCUUAAUGGUAAAAAGGUGGAGCUUCUGAAACAGAGAUGCUUGUUGUUUAAGAACAAAACUAUCAUAGGACCUUGUACUACAGAGGAACUAAAAAUGCUGUUUUUACCUUGUCAAGCUGGAGUCUACCAGUGUGUACUUAGUGUUGCUUCUUGGCCAUUUUCUUCUGAUGCAGAUACCAUAGUCCAGGCAGAAGCUUUAGCAGCUAGGGUAAUCUUGAAUGCCGUGGCUGAAAAUCCUAAUCUUGAGGUUGAAGCAGGAACAACAAACCAGCUUGACUUUGGUGAUCUGCCAUCUGGCAGCUGGAAAGCUCUCCCACUAAAACUGACGAAUAUGACUCGUGCUAGAGUGCCAGUCAGACUUGUUAUCCAUGCAAAUGCUGCGGCAUGGCGCUGUUUCACAUUUUUGAAGGAACCAGUUAACCCUUCAGUUAAAAGUACACCCCAUACUUAUAACAUCUCUCAGCUAGCAGCUCCUUCAGUCAUCUCCCACGUAAUGAAUGCAAGCUGUGAAGGGCAAGAUCCUGAUGUUUUAAUAGUUUGGGUCCGGUUCCAGGCACCAAGCAAACACACCUCUUCAGAGUAUUUGGGCCCACCAGAUGAGUACUUUGCAAGAGUUGAUGUGGAGGUUGACUGUCCAGAGCCUCCUAAUAGUCUAAAAAGUAUUCCUCUCCUUGCAAGAUCUGGAACCCCUAGGAUAUAUGCUCCAAAAGGCCUGCAGACUUUAUACAUGUCUGCAAGGAUGGGAUUAUCUGCAAGACAGCAGUUGCCCUUAAAGAAUGCUGGGAAUAUUAAAGUUGACUUGAAGAUUAUGAUACUAGAACCAGAUAGUGGUAUUUCUGUCAACCCAGAGAAUCUGGCCCUUAUACCUGGGGAGGAACAAGAAUUGUCAGUCGACUUUGCUCCAAAGGACUAUAGAAAUGCUGAAAGUGUUGUGAAAAUAUUCGUGCUGCCAUCUGGGCCAGAGUAUAAAGUAACAGUGAAAGGUGAAGUAUUUAUGGAGGAGAGCAAACCUUCGAUACAAAAUUGCUACAGCUCAGAAGUUCCCCCCAUCCUUGCUAACAAGCAGCUUGUGGUAUGGGGAGGUGUACAACUUGGCAGAACAGUUCAACAGAAACUAAUUCUGAGAAAUGACUCUGUAUCUACUACACAGCAGUUACGAUUGUUGAUAAGGGGUCAAGAUCAGGACUGCUUUCAGUUGAAACUUGGAGAACGAGGCUACAAUAAUUACGAAAUCAAGAUCCGACCAAAACAUGAUUAUAGUGUCUAUUUAAUAUUUUCACCAUCUCGUUUAGCUUGCAUGUUUGCAAAGCUUGAAAUGAAACAGCUUGGUUUUCAGUCUCAGAUUGGAAUGAAGUUCACUAUACCAUUGUAUGGAUAUGGAGGAAAAAGCAGUGUGAUUUUAGAAGAUGUUAAAAAACACUAUAAUAGAUACAUAGUAGAACUGACUGAGCCAUCACCUGGUAAAACAAGCCAGACUUCUUUCUCUAUACGAAAUAUAGGGUGCCGGGCUGCCUUUGUGAAAGCACUGUGCUCUAACAACUGUAAAAGAACUGUAUUGGAUACAGAUCCAGUACAAGUGUUUCCAGAAAAGUUUGUCCUUAAGGAAAAUGCACAGCAGAAAAUUACAGUAACAUGUAAUUCUGCUGAAAGAGAACAAAAUGAUGCAUCAGUGAGAGCUACAAUUUGCUUCUUCUAUGGAGAUGAAAUUUCAAGACAGCAAUAUCGCAGAGCUACACAGCAUAAUCCAGAUCAAGAGCAAAACAUACUCCCUGCUGAUAAUCCAGUGAUAAAUGUAAAGUUUGAUGAAGAAUUCCCUGGGGAAGAGCUGGUGACUGAAGUUUAUGACCUUCCACAACAGACAAAUGAUAUCGAAUGUUUCUUCAAAAACAUGCGACGAAUUACUCUUUCUGCUGUUAACACCUCUACUGGUUCUGCUUUAAAUAUCAAAUCGACUUCAGUUGCUCGUGUGACAUCAGAGAGACCUGGUGUUUCUCAGAAGCAUAGUAUGACUCUGGAUGUACUGCCUGUUAAAGGACCUCAUGGUUGUGUGCUAUCCUCAAAUACCAGUGGCCUGGAUGAAAAUAAAUUUGUUUCUCAGGAAACCUGGACCAUUAAGCCUGAAUUUCUAACUCUCACAGUUCCUUCUUUGAGUGGAACAACGGAUACUAGACAUGCACAAUUUACAAACCACUCAAACAGGUUACUGAAAUUUGAGUUAUCUUGGCCUGCUCAUUGUCUUACAAUAACACCUCAUCAUGGAACUAUUGAACCAGGAUGCUGCAUUUCAAUCCAUGUGAGUCCAAAUCCAUCACUUGCAGAAGAAAAAUCCUUAUUUCCAUGGAGUGGCCUUAUUUAUAUUCAUUGUGACAAUGGACAAAAACUUGUUAGAGUCCAAAUUCAUGAAAAUAUCUCCAUUAAGCAACCUGGAAAGUGCCCACUAGUUGCCAAAAUAGGUGUUCAUAAUCAACCCACUGAACUGCCUAUUCAUGUGAUAAAACCACUUCAGAAGCCAUCGUCAACAAAAAUUGAGAUAAACAGUCGUACUCUGGUUUUUCCUGAGACAAGAUCUGGUGAAAACUCUGAGAAGUGCCUAGAGAUUGAAAAUGAUGGAGAUGAAAAUGUGAGGUGGUAUUUGUCAUCUUUUGCACCACCUUAUGUCAAGGGUGUAGAUGAAAGUGGAGAAGUUUACAGGGCUACAUACACUGCUUUCCGAUGUUCAUGUGUUUCUGGUAUUCUUGAAGUUCAUGGGAAAGACAGAGUUUUAGUCACUUUCUUACCUCGAGACAGAGGACAUUAUUCUCAGUUCUGGGAUCUUGAGUGUCACCCACUUCAUAAGCCUCAUCUGAAAGACAAACACAGACUUCAGUUUUCUGGUGUUGGUGUCAUAGAGACUAAAGCUGCCACAGCUGCUUUAGGAAAAGUCAGUGUUCAGGUUUCAUCCCAAAGAAGAGAUUAUGUUGAUAGUUCCGAUCACAGAACUGGGAAAGAAGUAUAUGCCCAAGACGACGUCUAUACAUUUCCUCCAACUAGGAUUGGGGACACCAGCAUGUUGAAAAUCACCAUGAGAAAUUAUUCUACCUCUUCAAACAGGCUGACUUUCAUAAAUCCCAAUGAGCCUUUUUAUAUCAAGCAUUCCCAUUAUAAUUUGAGAUGUCACCAUUACUGCAACCUACCAGUCAUGUUCAAGCCAGCAUCAUCGGGCACUUUCAAAAGUGUAUUGGUAGUACAGACAGACAAAAAUGGUACUCUUACUAUUCAACUUGUUGGUGAGGGUUUGGCAUAAGUAGCUGAAAGCUACUUCAGGUGUACAUGUGUUCAUGUGUCUUCAAACUAGACAUGAAAAACUUGCAAUUAAAUUAUUGAAACCACAAGUUUGUAUUUUGUAUACUAAAUAUAUUUUGUAGGAAACUGAGGUCUUGUAACUUCUAACAAAUUAAUUUUGUAUGUUAAGCUAUCAUGCAAUUUACACUACUGCACUUUGGCUGCUGGAAACAGCAAUGUGGUAUUUUUGUAUGGAUUAUGACUUUGCAAAUGGCAAUGUGCAUCUUAAAAUUCAUGUUUUUAUAAAUAAAUUUCUUUUCCUUCAA